ACUUCCAUCACUGCUCAGCACAGGGAACUUCCUGUACCAGUACCAUGAUUGGGAAAACUACCCUGGACUGGACUUGGGCUCAAGAAAUUUCCGCCACCCCACAGCCCAGAGCCUAAAGUACAUGUGGCGUCGAAAGAAUUCGAAGCCGCAACCAUGCCAGGCCACCCCUGACAUCUACUUUGUCCUGGAAAAGUCUGAACGCAUGUCACGCGCCUGGCCACACGUUCACAAGUUUGUGGAGGAUAUGGUAAAGAGGGUGUCAAACCAGGAUCUGCGGGUGUCCAUCAUCACCUACUCCUGUAAGGGCAACGUCAUCCUACCCCUCACUGGAGACAGAGAAGAAAUCCUUAAGGGUGUUGAAAGAUUGAAGUAUAGCGUGCUGGCAGGACAUGAACACCUUUACCGAGGACUGAGGAAGGUGUGGAGGGCUAGAGCCACCUAUGUGUCCACUACUGUGGGGUCACCUCACAACGUCUCCCGUUUUUCUUUGUUUCCUUGCAGGCACAUAGGCAGUGUCUAUCGCCCCAGCAUGAUCAUCUCCUUGCUCAACAGCCCUCUGGAUGAUGAUGCCUAUCAGUAUUCAGUGGAAGAGGCUGACAAAGCUCGGAGGAUGGGAGCGUCUGUUUACAGUGUGGGUGUGGGCAGCUCUAAGAAAGAUCAGAUAGUAGGAAUUGCAGACAAACCAGAAAAUGCAUUUCCAAAUACGAAAGCCGAUCAUCUGAAUGACCUCAUUUUCCCACUAGCUUCCAAGGCCUGUCCAUCCCUUAAGUCUUUAGAUACACCGAUUAUAUGUAUAAGAGAAUCAAACCCAGUGGUAAUUCGUGGAUAUGGCUUUGACUUUGCCAUGCGUCAAGAAGAGGUUAUUUGCAGGUUCUAUUUCAGUGACAUUGAUAUGAGUUUCAAAGAUGUAAAAGCCUUCAAUCUAACCAAGACUACGGUUACUUGUCCUGGACCGAUCGUAGAGGAACCAGGAAAAGUGAUCCAUGUUCUACUCAGCCUGGACAAUGGAAGAAACUUCCUGAAUAAAAAUUUAUUUGUUGCCAGCAAGCUAUGUGGAAAAUCCUACACUACAGACGAAGCCACCACCACUAGGGAACUCACAACUAAAACAAUGACCACCACCACAACGACCACCACGACGAUCCCGCGUACCACGACGACUCUACCAACAACCACCAUCCCCACCACCCCGCUGGUCACAAAGGAACUGAAGCCAAGCAUCGACAGAUUCAUUUUUGCUCCUAUACUCCUGGCCCUGCUGCUGACUCUGUUACUGACUGGCUGUUUCUGGCAGUUGUGCUGCCUUCCGCCUGUUGAGGAGCUGCCCCUGCCUAAGCCCCAACCACAGCCCCCAAAGAAGAAACAGCCCCCCCCUCCAGUGUCUCCUCCAGCACCACCUGGAAAUCCACCCCCCAUUGUGAUCAUCUGCUGCUGUACCUGUGGUAGCCUGUCUGUGAGCAGAGACGCGGAGGGCAAUGUGACCGUGUGCAACUUCAACCCCCAAAGCUGCCACCAGUUGCCACUGAUGUGGCCUCAGACUGAUGACCAGCAGCCGUGCAUCAGCUUUGCUCUCCUGAAGGCCCUCUGUGCUCAGGACUCCUGUGGCCCCAAGGCCAUCCUGCCACCCAGCCACGAGUGUCUGCCUCUAGCCUCCUGCUCUCAGUGCAGCCAGUUCCCAGGCAGCUGCUCCAGGAUUCCGUCCAGGCUGCAGUUGCUCACCCCCUCUCUCCAGAGUCCCACGGUCACUCCAGCCCACUGA